AUGGCUGCCCUGACUAUAGACCCUGUGGAGCAGCCUCGCAUGUACCAACAGACUCUGCUUCAGGACGGACUGUGCGACCUCUUGGAGAAUGACAGGUUUGUGGACUGUGUUCUCAAAAUUCAGGACAAGGAGUUCCCCUGCCACCGCUUGGUUUUGGCAGCCAGCAGCCCCUUCUUCAAGGCCAUGUUCCUGUCCGACCUGGAGGAGAGCAAGAAGCGUGAGAUUGUCCUCAAAGAUGUGGAGCCAGGUGUUAUGGGGAUGAUCCUGCGCUACUUAUACACAUCUGACAUUAAUCUGACAGAACAGAACGUCCAGGAUAUCUUCAUGAUUGCUAACAUGUACCAGAUCCCCUCAAUCUUCUCUGUAUGUGUGUCUUACCUCCAAGAGAAGCUGGUGCUGGGAAACUGCUUGGCUAUCUUCAGGUUGGGACUGCUGCUGGACUGUCCCAGGCUGUCUCUGACUGCUAGGGAGUUCAUCUGUGAACGCUACCAGGUUGUUGUCAGGGACCCGGACUUCCUGCAGUUGGGUCCAAGCGAGCUGGCCAUCAUCAUCACGUCAGACGCCCUUAACAUUGAGCGGGAGGAGAUGGUAUUUGAAUCCUUGAUGGACUGGGUCAGACAUGAUGAGACAAACCGGCUUAAGGACCUGCCAGAGCUUUUGCACUGCAUACGUUUCAGGCUCAUACCUUUGGAUUACUUCAAAGAGAAAGUAGAGCGUCACCAGUACAUCCGGUUCAACCAGGAGAUCAAGAAGGACCUGGAUCUUGUCAAGGAUGCUCACAGAGGGCAUCUCCCAAAUCCCAGGAAGCCCAGCAGUGAUGGGGCAAAGAGGGGAGAAGGAAGUGAAGAGGAUGACGAUGAUGAGGAAGGUUACCUUCCGGGUAUACUUAACAACAACCCUCGCUUUGGGAUGUUUGAGUUGGACCUGAUACUUAUGAUCAGUGAUACAGGGACUGUGGCCUACGAUCCGGUAGGAAAUGAAUGCUUUGUGGUCUCAGAGUCUACAGAAAUUCCCAAGAAUCACUGCAGCUUGGUGACCGAUCAGAACCAGGUGUUUGUUGUCGGAGGAUUACUCUACAACGAGGAGGACAAAGACGAACCAUUCAGCUCUUACUUCCUACAGUUUGACCCAGUAAGUUCAGAAUGGUUAGGGAUGCCCUCACAACCCAGCCCUCGAUGUUUAUUUGGCUUGACUGAAGCUGAAAACUCUAUCUUUGUUGUUGGAGGAAAGGAACUGAAGGAAGGCGAGCACGCCCUGGACUCAGUCAUGAUCUAUGACAGACAGUCGUUCAAAUGGGGAGAGUCUGAUCCUCUGCCUUAUGAAGUGUAUGGCCAUGGAACCGUGUCGCACAAAGGCCUUGUCUAUGUCGUUGGAGGAAAGUCUGAAAGCAAGAAAUGCAUGAGAAGAGUCUGUGUCUACAACCCCACUAAGUUUGAGUGGAAGGACCUCGCCCCUCUGAAGACUGCCCGCUCACUGUUUGGUAUCACCGUCCACAAAGACCAGAUCUUUGUGGUGACGGGGGUCACAGAUGCGGGCCUCACCAGCUCUGUGGAGGUCUACGACAUUGCCACCAACAAGUGGUCUGAAUUCACAGAGUUCCCUCAGGAGCGCAGCUCUCUCAAUCUGAUAUCGAUGGGAGGUUUCCUGUAUGCCUUGGGGGGGUUUGCAAUGAUGCCCACUGAAACCAGUGAGAAGCCUGUCCCAACAGAGAUGACUGACAUCUGGAGGUAUGAUGAGCCAGAGAAGUGCUGGAAUGGGAUUUUGCGAGAGAUUAGUUAUGCGGAGGGAUCCACUAUUCUUCCAGUGCGUCUCAACACUCUGCGUCUCACCAAGUUAUAACUGAACUGAACUGUUGGUGUCAUGAGGCUAAUGAUGUAAUACUAGCAUUGAAGUGAAUGAGUGUACUCAUUAUGGAUAUUGGCCCAAAAUUGGCUUAGGGUACAGAAUGUUUCAUGGUAGCUAUUAAUUGUCUCCGAGGAAGAAAAAAUGAUAUAUCAGCUUCAAAUGGUUUUGUCUCAUGUUUUACAGCAGGGGGAGACAGAUACAUACUAAAUACUAUGCAAGUCUAAGUCGG